AUGAAGAAUCUUUUGCAGCCCUACAAGGUUGGCGAGGAUAUAGGCCUAUUCCUCGUCAAUUUUGAGAGGGCUUGCGAGAAGGCAAGUUUCUCUCGGGAGUCGUGGCCUCAGCGCCUCUUGACGUUGUUGCCUUGUGAGGCGGCGGACGUGGUAGCCAGGCUGAGUAGGGAAGACUCGGAGGACUACACAAAAGUAAAAUCGGGCCUCCUCAGAAAGUACAGGUUGUCCGCCGACGCUUUUCGCAAGCGAUUCCGCGAAGUAAGGAAAAAUACCAGCGAGUCUUAUCCUGAGUUCGCGUACAGCCUGAAGUCGAACUUAGAGGAAUGGCUAAAGGGUUCCGAGGUUUUUGGGAACCAUGACAAGGUGGUAGAGUGCGUCUGUCUGGAACAGUUUUUUAGUACCUUGCCCGAAGAAACCCGCUACUGGGUGCAGGACCGGCCUGACGUGAAGACGGUACAGCGAGCGGCGGAACUCGCUGAAGAGUUCAGCUCUCGUCGUGGCGUGCUUCCCGAAUGGCGCGGUCACCAGCACAGAGACCCCUCGAAAGGGACCGGAGCGGGGUUUAAGGACAGGUUACGGCAAGGGAAAGAGAAGGGUGGCCACAACGGUAGCGCAGAUGGGGCGGCGAAGGAGGGCGAAAACGGAGGAAAGAAACCUGAGGAGAAAGGGCACGGGAAGGCGUUCGAGUCCCGAAAACCUUCAGUGUGCUUUAGGUGUCACGAGCCGGGGCACUUCGCUGCCGGGUGCCGCAAACCACGAGUGGUCUUUUCUUUCGUGAGUGAAGACGAUGAGAACAUGCGUCUGUUGGAACCUUACAUGCACGAUUUGGUGGUGAACGGUAGACCUUGCAAAGUUCUCCGUGACUCAGCCGCUACAAUGGACGUGAUUCAUCCGUCCUACGUAAGUCCAUCUGACUUUACAGGCGAGUGCACCUGGAUUAGACAGGUCGUUGAGGAGAACAGCGUAUGUCUGCCGAUUGCCAAGGUCAAAGUGGAGGGGCCUUUCGGGGAAAUAGAAGUAGAAGCCGCGGUAUCAAAGUCCCUGCCCGAGAGGUACCCUUACCUCUUUUCAAACAAAUCCGAUCAGCUUCUGAGAGAAAGGGGCCUAAGAUUUGGGGAAGGAGUUGUCCAGGCUUUGACACGUUCCAAGGUGCGCGAGCUCGCAGCUAAGCAGUCGACCGAACACGGUAGUGAGGGCAGUCGGGACGAAAAGCGCAAUUAA